UGAGGCAGAGCUGCACAUGAAGGCUGAAAGAGGAGCUCCCUUAUUCACGCUCACUUGACUAGGCUGGAUUCCUUGCGUGAUGUAGAUUUUAUACAACAAUGGCUCGAAAAUAUAUGUCACAGGCGCACCACAGGCAAUGCAAUGCAAUGCAGAGCGUUUAUUAGUCACUGAGGCACACUCAUGCAGACACAGAGGCGUGCACGCACUCACUCUGUAGCUCCAGUGCAGAUCUGCCUGCUUUGGCAAUGCUGAGUCUGACUGAUAACGAUGCAGUUCUGCAGAAAGGUACUCUGCCAGCCGUGUAGUGCCAGAGUCACUUCACCAGAGGAGGACAUGGAAUACAAGAUGGGGAGCUGCAUCGGAAUCUCACGGCACCAGGCUGAAGCCCAGGCUGAGCGUUUGACCCAGAGGGACGACAGAGUGCCGCUGACUGAAGCCUCGGCCAGCCAGCAGAGUCUGCUGUCUCAACCAGUCCUCCCAGACGUCCCAGUCAUCACCGGAGUGGAGGAGAGCAGGGGUGAGGCUGGAGACCAGGAGGACAAGGAGGAGCUUGAGUUUCCUCAUGACCUGCUGCCCAGUCUAGACUUCAGCAGUGAGCUCAACAUCUGGGAAUCCUCGCUGGGAACUCUGACUAGCUCAGGUGACAGGAAAUGUGAGCAGGUGAACCCCCUGCUGGCGGGCCUGGAGCAUCACAUGGAUGUCAGUCGACCACUUGUGGUUCUAGAUACAAGGCUACAUGACAGCGACCCACUUCUCAUAGAUACCCAGCCAUCACCUUGGCCCGCCGCCGCCCCUUACCCACAUGUCCGACCCCUGACCCCUCCCCCAUCCGUGCUGCUAGACCGGGAACUCCAAGAAGCCUUCCAGGAAUGUGAAGAGCAAAUGGCCUCACUGGGCAUACUUAAUUCCACAGAACCCUCCAGCACGGUGCCUGAGACGAUUAAUGAUGUAAGGAAGAAAACUGGAAAAGUGGUGGUUAAUGAGUCCAAUGAGUCAUCGUCACUGCCUCCAAUCAUAGUCCAGCCAGGACAUAGCAAUGGGGGCCAUGGAAACAAGAAUACACAUGGAAACAGUGAGGCAGCAAACAGCCAGAAGGAUACAGUUGUGUUUAGUUUUAGGAAUUACAUACUGGGCACUGAGAGUAGUGCUGGGGCAUCAGAGACAAACAGUGAAAUCAAAGCACAUAGCUUGGAUAAAUGUCCAGAGAUUAAGCCAGAAAAGGAAACAGCGAUAGAAACGCAGAAGGAACCAGCCCUGCAUACACAAUUAGAAACAACAACAGGAUCAUUUAAAGAAAAAGAUGCUGUGUUCAAUGAGCAGAGAGAUGGUUUAAGAGGGGAACAUGUUGAUUCUAAUGCAGACAUGGAGGAAAAUGGCACUUUAGAUUGUAGUACUGUGAUUAGGGAGGAAAGCACAAAGGCAAUAACAGAGAUUGUAGACAUAAAGAAAGAAAAUUAUAGUGGUAAGUUUUUUAUUAAUGUUUCUCUUGUUGAAAAGAAAGACGAUUCAGUUAAUGAAACUCCGGAGUGCAGUAAUAUUCAUUUAAAGGAUAAAGAUGCAUUAUCAAAUAUGCAGUCAGAGACACAGACCAAAGUAAACAGCCACACUGAGCAAGGGCAGGGGUCAAAAACAGACAAAUGGAUGAAUUCACCGGGUGACAAAGAGGCUGAGCUGGAGAAUAAGGCAAAGAAGAAAGAAAAGAAGAAACAAAGGAAAAAGAAAAAUAAGGAGAAGAACAAAGGGACUGAGCGAAAAGAAAACCCAGUAGCUGAAAAUGAUUUACAAGCUGUGUCACUCAUGAAUACAGGAAAUCACACAGAUUCAAUGGCAAAUAUAGAAUCAGUGUCACUGGCAGACACUGUGAUUUGUGGGGAACAGCUUGAUAAUGGGUUUGACUACAAGCAACAGCUGAGUCCUGAGGAAAAGCCCAUCUCCAGCACCCCACUCUCAUCCUCUCAUAGCAGGCAGGAUCAUCUUACUGACUCAGCUUGUUCACCUGCGUCCAGCCAGACUCAUUCACAAAGGCCGCAUCACUCAGAUAACCACAACCAUCCGUAUGCCCCAUGUGGCAUGAAUCACUGCUCCGAUGAAAGCCCACAGCGGAGCCAACACACAACCGCAGGUGUUAUUAACAACCAAAAUACACCCAUCACAUAUGCCCAAACUACAGUUAUCAAUCCAGCUGCUUCUGCUGAUAAGAGGUCAGAUGCACAAACACAGGAGGCUGUAGUUACCUCAGAAUCAGCUAUACUCGCACAGGAAAAUUGGAGCCCACUCUCCAACAGUCGAAUUUGUGUGGGAGAAAGUGGCGUGGAGAGCGCCCUUGAAGAGGCUUUAGUGGUGGUUGCUGCGUUGCCACUGACAACACCCACGAUGCCAGAAGUGAUAGAAAGCAAGGGAGAGGGAGAAAGUGUGAGGCGUGAUUCACCGGAGAGAGUAGCUACUGUAGCAAUUGCAGAGAGUGAGGAAGCAGUAGGAGAGAAAGAUUUGGGAGGAAUAGAAAAGUGCCUCAGCUCUGCAUACGGAGACAAAGAAGGGCUCCUGGACAGCCUUCCUCAGCUCUCAUUAAUCUGCUCACAGGGAAAAUGCUCACUUGCAUUCUCGGCCAAAGAGAGACAGGCUGUGUCUGAGGAAAGCUGCAGCAGCAAAAUGCCACACAACUCGGGUGAGACUGAAACGAAGGGACAGAGAGAGACAACCGUUCGCAGUAGAGGCACAGAGAUGUCAUCAGCUGAAGAGGGAGCCAGAGAAAAGGAGCCACUCCGGUUAGAAGCCUAUAUCAAUACUUCUCCCUGUGGGCUACUCACUGGUCCUGAUUGUCAGAAUCACAGUGCUGCCGGAUUGGAGAGAGCAGGAGAGGGAGGAGGAGGAGAGGAGGUGGAAAAGAAAGGAGGGCUGGCUAAAGAGCACAGUUCAUUCAGCCAGCCAGAAGGCUCUGCUAGUGGGGUGUCAUCAGUCGAGACUGAGACGUGUCCACCCACCAAUGUUGCCGAGUCACAGCUGAAGUCACAGAGCUGUAGUGAGCCGAUUGCUACCAUCGCUGAGAGCAUCUGCGCCGAAAAGGAUCGUCUCUCUCACCCCUGCCAGGAGCAGCAUGGCGCAGUAAUUUCACCUCUCCCAACGUACCAUGAACAGGGCUCCCGGAAUACAAACGGAGGGGUAAGGACUGAUUUCAGAUUGAAUUUGAUCCCAGAGGAACGACUGUCUGCUUGUGAAGAGACAGAGACAGAUAGAAACGACAGCCAAGUCUUCCUGUCCUUAAACUCACUUCAUCCUUUGACUACUUCACAUCAAAUCCCAGUUGAGCCUCAGGCGAGCAACAAUCAACAGGUCCAACCUCAAAGUAGCACAACAGAAGCCAGGACAGCUGAAAGUGCAUCUGAACUCCAAGUCCAAGCCCCCACCCUCUACAAAAGAGGUAGCCCUGCCAUGUCUGAAGUGGGAGUGUAUGUAUGUGACAGUGGACACAACAGAGUUCACUUUGCAGACCAACAAGAGGGCAGUUCCUCUGUGGAUCUCAGGAACAUGUCGGUGCCGGCUUUGCACUGUGCCUCUUUGCCUCCGCUGACUGUACAUGAGUGUUUGCACCAUCCUGUUGUUGAGGCCAGCUAUACGUUUCCAGACUUCCUCAGCUUAAAGAAGCCAGACAUGCCAACAAAUGAGGUUCCAAUGAAGGAUGAACCAGCAAUGCUGAGCCGAGCUGACUUAACAAAGCCACCGAAAGAUACCCAGUUGGAUAAAGGAGACACAGGGACAAAAGAUAGCAAGGAAAACAUUAACAUAGUUCAGUCAGGGGACAAAAAGAUGGAGACAAACACUGUAGAUUCACAUUUGGUUACUGAAGCCUGCUCAAAACAGCUUCAAUGUCCCAAUGAGAUGGAUCAGACCAGCAAUGAAGACUGUUUUGUCUUUUCACAAAUGGCAGGAAGUGCCAACUCUAAGGCUGAUCAUCUACCAGUUGAAGAAGCAGAGACAGAGAAGGAUACUGUAAAUCUGUGUUUGUCAAAGGAGAAAGAGAUAGAUAAGUUACAUGAUGAGUCUGACCGACUUCAGGAGCCUUCUUCAAUGAGCGACGGUACAGUCAUUCCUGAAGAAAACAAAGGUAACCGACAUCCUCUUUCCUCAUGUUCUGUGCUUCCAUCUAAUGACGUUACCUGCAAGCCUUUAAAUGAUGUCUCUGCUGAAUCACCGGAUGGGCAGCACUCUUCUGACCCUGACCUCAGUUCAAAACCUAGAACUGUGACCGUGACCUGCACAGCUUCUUCUCAGUCAAAGUCUAGUGACCGCAGUCAACAGCCUCCCAUCCAAUUAGACCUAACACCACCUCAUGGAGUGGUUACCACAGAACUUCUGAAAGCUAAUGAGAGAUCCACUGUUCACUCAACUUCAGAAGUUACAGCUUCUGACCAGUCAAUUCCUGUUAUUGAGCAAUGUGCCAGUAACCCUACUUUUGUGCUGCUGCCUCCUGGCCCAAUGUUGAGUCACUUGGAGAUCAUUACUGACUGUGAUGUCUCUCUUCCUGAGCAGCCAGACAACCGCAGUGCUGAUGGUGGCAGCACUAAAGUCUCUGGAGAAGUGGAUGGCAACAAGAGUGGGGAAAUGGCAAAAAUGUCUUUCGCCCAGAAUCUGAAGCAUGGUGACAUCAGUGUUAAAGCAGAUGAGACUUCUCCAGAACUGGACAGUAGAAAUUAUUCUGUGCAGUCUGACAUUGAACUUGAGGAUUCUGUGACUAAUAACGUAAAUAUUCCAUUUUCACACAAGGAAAUCCCUCCAACUCGUGUAGACGUGAAGUGUGGAUCUGACGAUGUAACUUCUCCAUCUCAUACUGAGCCAGACUCAGUGGGCAUUGAACCUCGUAUUUGUGACGCAUCCAUUAAGGAUGACCUCAUUAUUGUCGGCUGCCCACUCAGCUCUGACCUGCCUAACAGCGAGCCUUAUGAUGAAAUUAAACAAGAGAGUGUAAAAGAGAAACAUGUAAUGGGAGAUCAGACCUCAGUGCUAUUUGAAAAGGACAAGAAACAAGUUGAGGGCCAAACAAUGGAUAAUCAAAAGGAAACAGCAGUCAGUGGUAAACUGGAGACAGGAAAGACAGGCACAACACCACAACAGAGUAAUGAGCCAGAUAAAGAGGCUGAAGAGGAAACUGGAAACUUGCAACCAACACAUAAACAUAAAGUACAAAAGACUGGAUCACCAGUAAAGGUGGAAGGGGUAAAGGAGAGUGGCACUGCAUCUGAAAGCCAGAGAGAGACUUCUUCCUUAUCUCCUGACAGGCCUGCAGGGUCAUCUGAGGACAUGCUAAGUGCUGAGGUAGAGUCUGGUAGUGAACCUCAAACUGUUUAUGACCAGAGUUUGUGCCAAACUACGACAGCAACACUGGAACGCAGCUCUGACAGGGACACGGCAACAGAUUUGAGAGAGGCUCUUAGCCAAUCACAAAACACACCAGAUCCAAAUUGUUUUGCUCAGCAACAGAAUCAACAGCAGCAGCAAGUGGGAUCCAGACAUCCCUCAGAGGAAUUGUCAAGUGGCUGUUUAGAGGGGGGAGAAAAGACUAACAGUCAGGUCAGGCAGACCCGAGCGCUGAUUCCAGGGGUGAAAGGAGUGGCAGAGGAAGCAGACGGCUCUGUUGGGAGCUUGUGUCAAUCAGAAAGCAGGGAUGACUUGACAGGUGACGACAGCAUGAGCGAACUAGUGAUGGGUCCAGAGAAGGGAGAGAGAGUGCAAACUGCACUUGACAGGGUUUAUGCGUUGCCUCACCUUGCCAGUGAGUUACAUGAAAGCGGAAGGGCUGCUGAGAGAAAUGCUAUAGCUGACAUGAAGACGGCUCGCUCUCAUGCAGGUGAGACAAGACAGGCGAUGGAUGAGAAUAAAAGCCCUGUGUUAGGGGUAGUCGGGUUAGCUACAGAUUUAAUGCCAGACUCCAAGUUUGUGAGUGAUUUGAGUGGUAAAGGUCAGCAACAAAGCAAUCUAUCAGCUGCCAGUCAAGAUCAACAUGAAAAACCUGAAACCACAAAGAACACUGCUGUAUCUGUUCAGUCUGCAUCACAGGAACAUGAGAUUUCACCUUUUAGAGUCUGUGUUUCAUCAAAGGUCAACACAGAUAGUCAUGACAUUCAUACAGACGUCUGUGCAAACCAGUCUGAAGAAAUUCAUACAGAAAUAUUUAAUACUCUGCCAGACCCUGUUGGGCAACCAGAAACUGUGGACAAGGAUUUCAAUGCUGCCAUGCCUGUGAAGAGCAACAGCAGUGAAAAUGAAAAGUGUGGAAUUCAGGAUACAGUGUGUGAGUCUCUUGAGCUACAAAGCUUCAAUGUAACCUCAGCCACACAAAGCCUUAGCUGCCCAGGAGCACCCAUAAAAGGCCCUGAUGUAGAGGAGAUCACAAAAGAAGAUAAAGCAGAUUUGGACAAAGAGAAAGCUAGUAGCCAGGGGAAGGGACAAAAUGAGAUAAAAGCUAUAAACAAUGAUGCAAGAGAAAAAAAUGGGCUUAUAAAUCUAAGUGGGAGUGUUAAAGAUAGCAGUAAGGGAUCAAUUAAAGUUUCAGAUCUCUGUGAAAGUGUGGUGUCAAACAGUAGCCCCAGGACUACUGUUACUCACCAUGAAGGAAAAACUGGUCCUUCUAAGGCAACAGAAAAUGACAGUGAUAUAGCAAUUAAAAUAUCUCCUUAUGUUGUCGCAGUCCCAUCUGUAGAUGGGAGUGAAGAUUUUGCAUUGACGCCUCCUGCGGCCCCUAUGAAGUCAGAGAAGCCUCAUGAUCAGGCGUUGCUGUCAAAGCUCCAACAUGAUUUUGGUGUAAACCAUGUUGCUGCUGCCUGCCAGUCUGAGGGAAGAUCACUUGAAAAUGCUCCAGCCUGCGUCUCUCCUGUUGAACAAGGGUCUGUGAAUGCAGAGGCUGCAGAUGUGUCGGAAAGUUGUACACCCGGACUAACAGCCCAAGAACCAGAUACAAGCUGGAUAAAAGCUCUAAAAGAAGCUGCAACCGAUUAUCAGAGUAAAGAGAACACGGUGGAGACCUCAAGACCCCUCCCAUCACUGGAGUCUCCUCAACAAGAGUUCCUUACUCCGACUGAGGAGAUAGCUGCUCCUCUGGGACAGAAGGAGAUCCCACCACCAGAGCAAGUAGGAGAGAAGACAACAGGGAUUCCACUUGUAAGUGACACGGAAAAGCCAGUGGAUCUUCCCGAACCUUUAAAAAAGACAACAGAGCUCCCAGAACCAAUACAGAGCACAAAAGUAGAGCUUCCAGAGGAAACAACAAAAGAAGAGCUCUCAGAACCAACUAAGAAAGAAGAAGAGCUUCCAGAAGAACUUUCAGAACCAAAAAGGGUGCCAUUAUCUUCUUCGGAAAUAGCAAAGGAGCCAGAUGAGGUCCUAGAACCCACAAAAAGCACAGAAGAGCUCCAAGAACCACUGAAAAAUGAGGAACCAGAGCCAGCAAAGACAACAACAGAGCUACUAGAACCAGUGAAAAAGCUAGUGGAGAAACCUGUAGAGAGACCACCUGAGGAGCCAUUUACAGUGCCAGCUGAGGAAACUGCAGUGUCACAAACAGUGCACUAUCCUGCUGAGGAGCUACAGGACGGAUGGCUCUCCCAAACUGAGCAGGCUGAGAGAGGUCACUGUGCCCCUGCCUCUCUCCCACCUCCUGCCUCCGAAAACCACUUCCUGCCUGGCCUCCCACCUUACCUCCAAGACACUACUGAGUUCCCCACUCCUCCUCCCACUCCCCCAGAAAGGCACACACCUGAGGCUCUACCAACCCCACCUGCAUCUCCCCACCAUCCUCCUCCUCCUCCUCCUCCUCCAGUCCCUGCCUCCCCUCCUGUACCUUCUGCUUAUCAGUCUGAGGACCCUGCUUCUGCACCCUGCUACCCCCUUGUAAGGAGCUCAGACUCUGAUGGAGCAUUUGAGACCCCCGAAUCCACGACUCCAGUAAAGGCUGUUUCACCUAUAGAGACCCAAACUCACCAGCUAUUGUCCAAUGACAAAGUAUCAGUCACCCCCACCAGUGAUCCUGCCUCUGAUGUAAACUCAGAUAACGCACCUGGUUCAUCAUCCAUUGUUUUUGAUGAGGACAAACCCAUUGCAGCCAGCGGCACCUACAACAUUGACCUUUUUGCUACAGAGUUAACAAGUCACACUUUAACCCGUUCACUCAGCCUUCAGGGAGGAGAACUAGACACUGCUGGUCUUUUGGAUGGAUCAGCAGCUGGAGGCUUCCGUCCACAUUCUGAAUCCUUCAGCGUGGGCACUGAGAGUGCCCCAGGGACACUCCACAGGCCCAAGAAAGUCCGUCCUGGGUCUGUGAAGAAGAAGCCUCUUCUCAGACAAAACUCCAACCCAGAAAGUCCAAGGCCAUCCUCAUCCAGCAGCACCCCAGAGAUUAAGAAGCGGGCAAAGCCUCGAACUCCCAACCCUGUCCAGGCUCAGGACGAAGCAGAGGGAGGAUCUGCAACCCCAAGCCCUGGAGGAACUCUCCGAAGGACCAGGAAGAGUCUUGUGGAGACUCCACCUCCUCUGCCAGAGGAAACCACUCAUACCACCCCAGAGGACAGCCUUGUCAUCCAGGCCUUACCCUUGUGUCACGAGGAGACCCCUCUUCCUGGUAGUCCAGUAGGCAAAGACGAAUCCCCCAUCCCCCCUAGUAGCUCCUACAAAUGGGAUCCAGAUAAUUUUGAGAACAUAGACCCUUUCAAGACUGGAGGUAGUAAAAUUGCCAAUUCCCCUGUUCUGAGUCGUAAAGGCCCUGUGUGUGCCCCCACUGCCACCCCGCCAGAGAGUCCCUGUUUUUCUGCUGUGGAGCCUUGUCCUUCAGCUCUUCUUGAAGAACCAAUCACCAACCCUGAAGAGCAACCCAUCAUCCCCAAACGUCAGUCUGUAAGGCUGGAGUUUGACUACUCUGAGGAGAGUGGUGAGGCAUCACACCAGGCCUCUCCCCCACCCAAGAAAGUGGGCAAGAAGCCCGGUGGCAAGAUGCCUCUUAGAAAACCCAAGCUGGGGCUGAAGAAAGCCCCUCCAGCGCAGAUGGAGCAGCUAGACAACGAUCCUCCAGCAGCCCAUAACGGCAACGAGGAGGAAAUCACUAUUCCUCAAGCAGCUUACAACUUUGAACCUGACAAGUGGGAUGAUCCGAACUUCAAUCCAUUUACUUCUAAGAAAAGCAUCACCAACUCCCCCAAACUGUCGAGGCCAUCUUACACCUUUGACCCCAAUGCAUUUGAUGACUCCAUAGACCCAUUCAAAUCCUCAAGUAAGAUAGCCAACUCCCCUCCUAAGGCCUCUGCCUCCUUUGAACUGUCAUCCAAUGACUAUGACAAUGAAAAUGACAACGACAACAUUGGGGAACUGGAGGACCAAAAUCAGAACAAACCUGCCAAGAAAAAGAAAACUCCUAUCAAAUCUAAUACUUUCAGAGUGAAGAGGUCACCAAAGAAAUCCCCGAUGUCUGAUCCAUCCCAGCAGGAUCCCGUGCCUGCAGAUGAACCUCCCCCCCUUCACCCACAAGAUGACCAUGCCACAGAUGAGGAGAAGCUGGCCUCCUCGACCAGUCAUAAGUGGGCAGCCCUACACGACAUGGAAGCAGUUUCUGACCAACAAGACUUCCCUCAGCCAUGUGACCUUACAUCCUUUGUAAAUGAGAACAGCCUUCCUCAGCAGGCUCCAGUGCAAGACUAUGAAAUUGAGUACAUGGAGAAGAUUGGCUCUUCUUCGCCUCCACUGUCUGUGAAGAAGCCGUCUUUGUAUCUGAAUUUGGACUCAGUAUCUGACAACCUAAUCAAGAAUACGUGUGCCCAUGGUUCUGAGCCCAACUCCCCCUGCACAGGGAGUUUUGAGGAGAUGGAGGCCCAGAUAACAGCAGGCAUGAAGACACCUGUGCUGAGCUCCCGGCCUGGUCCCGAGGGCUCUGCUGGGGACAAGGGUAGGAAGAGGGAAAGCGAGGCACUCAGUCGAACACAGAGCACAGAGAGGGAUGAGCAGGCCCCUAACCAGGGCCCAGUGGAGGCCCUUGCUCCUGCCUUGGCCAUGCCAGACAGGCUGUCUGAGUGUGAUGACCCCCUGCAGUACCUGGAGCCUGACCUGGCUGAGACCAACCCCACUGCAUUCGCCCAAAAACUACAGGAGGAGCUGGUGCUUGCUGCCCUGAGGAUAGAGGCUCUGCAGGUAGCCAAAAACAUCUCUCAAUGCCCCUCCCUCUCUACUGUAUGCCCCCAGCACAGAGACGUGUCAUCUCCCAUAGAGAGUGCUGUGUCCAAGAACUCACUGUAUGCUAGGACCACCAACUACAUUGAAGGGGAGAGUCCUCACCUACCCAGAGAGCUGGACCACUCACUGGGAAUUGCACGAGAGGAGAUUGUGACAAAGGAGAAAGAAGUGCUGGAGUGGAAGAGGAAGUAUGAAGACAGCCGACAGGAAGUAGUGGAGAUGAGGAGAAUUGUUGCUGAGUAUGAGAAGACGAUUGCACAGAUGAUAGGCAUGCCAGAGGAUGACCAGAAAGAGAAGUCUCUCUCCCACCACACCAUCCAGCAGCUGAUUAUGGAGAAAGACCAGGCCUUGGCUGAUCUCAACUCCGUGGAAAAGUCUCUGGCUGACCUCUUCCGACGGUAUGAGAAGAUGAAGGAUGUACUGGAGGGCUUCCGCAAGAAUGAAGAGGUUCUGAAAAAAUGCGCUCAGGAGUAUCUGUCCAGGGUCCGUAAGGAGGAACAGCGCUACCAAGCCCUGAAGAUUCACGCAGAGGAGAAACUGGACAAGGCCAAUUCAGAGAUAGCUCAGGUGCGGGCCAAGGCCAAGCAGGAGCAGGUUGCCUACCAGGCCAGUUUGAGGAAGGAGCAGAUGAAGGUGGACUCUCUGGAGCGCACGCUGGAGCAAAAGAACAAAGAGAUCGAGGAGUUGACGAAGAUUUGUGAUGAGCUGAUUGCCAAGAUGGGGAAGAGCUAGCGACCACACCGCACCCAGGCCAAAUCUCACAGAGAAAUGGAGUGGUUGUGGAAUAUCUACUUUUGGAAAUAUAUUUACCACUCUUCCAGAAGAGACAUCGAAGGCCAAAAUGGUCUUGGGGUUAAAUUUCCUACUGACUUUGUGUAUAAAGGAUCCACAGGAAUGGCUUUCUCUUAAUCACUCUGUACAUUUUUGAUGUGUCAGUGUAUCGUACUGUAUCAGGGGUCUGGUUUAAAGUUUUAGAAAAUGUAUCAUAUCACUAAUGAACCUGCCUGUGUGUGUGUGUGUGUGUGUGUGUGUGUGUGUGUGUAUGAUAAUGAGAAAAGUGAGAGCAAUUUGUUUUGUGGGUUAAAUUAUCUAUAAUGAUGUUGCCAUGACAGCCACUGAGGGAGAAGACUGUUUACCUGUUCCCGUUGUUGUCUCCUCUUGAUACCAGAGAAAGACUUUCAAAAAGAGUAACAGAUAUAGUUUCAUUCAUAAAACAUUGACACGCCACUAAGAGAACACAAACUAUCACAAUAGCUUACUGCAUGUGAGAGAAAGAAGAUCUUGUAAUGUUGAUGUUUGUAUAUCCUGUAGGAAGUUCCAAAUAUGAAAAAGACUCAUUCAUUUUUGAUAGUUAUCCUGUCAUCCUCUGUCCGCUUCCCUCAUAUAACCUUGUAGAUAUUUGUCAUACUUGUCAUAGCUUUCUCGACGAAAUUGUGGGACUAUUUUUUGGAUUUUAUUUUGAUAUAAAGCAAACUAUAAUCGUGACUGUAUUCAGUUGUGAGCAGGGGUAAUUUAAUUUUGGAUGGGUAUGUCCUAGUCCUGCUAUGGUUGUUGUGUCACACUGAGGAAUAACUUCUCUGCACAGCCACUGUACAGCAUCUGCUUACAAAGUGCAAUAAAAGAUGGCAAUACAGCA